AUUGAAGAAAAUGAACGAAGGAUUCAAGGGCAGUUGAAAGAGAAAGAUGAAGAAAAGUGGCAACAUUUUCAAAAAGAGAUUGCUAGCAAUCUGAAGAAAGACAACCACGACACUGUUCUUCAGUUGGUCGAUAAGUACCUCGCAGAUUGCAAAUCUCCAGACCUCCGUCUUCAUGCACUGAUGGAAAAAGCAAAGACUUUCAUGGCAGCCUGGCAACAAACAAGAACUCUUGAUCCUGAAUCUAAUGACCUGAAAUAUCCUGUCCUUCUGAUGGAAAGUGUUCAGGAAAUGGCAAAUGGCUACAAAGACCUUCUCACCGUUGAAUACAAAAAGAAACUGUCUGGAUUUAUGCAGAAGCUAGGAUUUAGUGAUAUCGCAUCCAUGUUCUACGAUCGAGCUGAAGAACGUGAGAGAAAGACUAAAGAGCUAUCUGCCCAUACCUCAAGCGUAAGAUUCCAACUUGAGCACAUGGGCCAUUUGCUGAAAAGAGCCGAAAGAACUGACCCCGACCCCAGGGUCGACCAUUUUAUUCCAGAUACAUGGCAGCGUGAACUUCUUGACGCUGUGGAUAAAAACGAGUCAGCAAUAGUAGUGGCACCCACCUCGUCAGGAAAGACUUACGCCUCAUACUACUGCAUGGAGAAAGUAUUGAGACAAGACAACGAUGGUGUUGUGGUCUAUGUUUCCCCAACGAAGGCUUUGGUGAAUCAAGUUGUUGCUACAGUUUACGCUCGCUUUCAUCGUAAACAGCUUCCAGAGGGUAGAGCAGUGUAUGGUGUUUUCACAAGGGAUUAUCGAUUCAAUACGUUGAAUUCUCAGAUCCUUGUUACAGUUCCUCAGUGUUUGGAGAUACUUUUUCUCUCGCCCCGUCGACAGGAUUGGACAAAGAACGUUAGAUACGUAAUCUUCGAUGAGGUUCAUUGUCUUGGUCAAGAGAUCGGUGCUGAAGUCUGGGAGCAUCUCCUUUUACUUAUUCGUUGUCCCUUCCUGGCACUCUCUGCAACCAUUGGAAAUCCAGAUGAUCUCAUGCAGUGGUUACAAGCUUCCCAAGACUUUCGUGAACAGCAAGACAAGCUAGAAAAUGUCAAGCUGAGGACGUCGUACAAAAUAAGGCUGGUUACUUGUCCUGAGAGGUACUCAGAUCUAGAAAAGAGUAUAUACCUUCCAAGUCCCAGUAAUGGCGGAUUUUCAAGUAAGUCACAAGAAUAUGAAGGUACUUACGAACUCAAGGGCACGGAAGAGUUUGUCAGACUUCACCCAUGUGCACAGCUCGGAUUCAAACAGUUGCGAGAAAAUUCUUUGCCUGGUGAUAUGGUUCUCACUCCACAAGAAACUUUGCGGCUGUAUGACGUCAUGGUUCAGCAUUGGCCUGAAAAGGAAUCAUUACAGAAACUUUUUCCAGAGAAAUAUUUUUUGGAAACUGAGUUUAUUCAGAAAGACCAUGUUCGGCAAUACGAGAGUGAGGUAAAAGCAGAAUUCAAGUCCUGGGCGGAUGAAGGGCAGGUGGAAAAGGUGAAAUCCGUUAUUCGGUCGUUAAACGACGAGUACAUUCAAAAGGGGUUGUCAACUGAGGAGGAAUGGAACAAGCUGAAAAAGCCUUCAUCUGGUACAGAUUUCAUCCGGUAUAAUUUCACAAAGCUCGUUGACCAGCUGAGAGCUCAAAAUAAGUUGCCAGCCCUGGUUUUCAGUUUUGAUCGUCAGCUCUGCGAAGUUCUGGCGGAAGAUCUCACGGUUCAACUUGAACAACGAGAAAUAGAUCUGAAAGCACGACUUGGCAUGAGAAAUGCAAAAUUUUUGGAAAGGAAGCAAGUUAAAGCUGAAAAGAUAGCGAAAAGGAACAGAGAUAAAGCUGAGAAGCGCAAAGGAAAAAGUGGCCAUACAGAAGAGCAAGAUGAGAUGGAAGGAGAAGAUCAAGGUGGAGAGGAUUUAGACAAGCCUUUACCUGAAUGUACACUUGCCUUUACCCACGGAAUUGGAAAUGAGGAUUUCAACAAGAUAAUGAGUCGCAUAUGGAAUGAGCGCAGCAGGGACCCUUUCAAACGCGGCUUGAAGCGAGGAAUUAGCUACCAUCAUGCUGGACUAAACAACAAAAUGCGAUCCGUCGUGGAAAUGCUAUUUAGGGAGAGGUAUCUUCAGGUUGUCACGGCAACAGGAACCCUGGCCCUUGGUAUUCAUAUGCCUUGUAAGACAGUUGUGUUUGCUGGAGACUCUCCAUUCCUUACCUCGCUACAGUACAGACAGAUGUCUGGAAGGGCGGGUCGAAGAGGCUUUGAUCCCGUGGGAAAUGUUGUGUUUUUCGGAAUCCCUUAUCGUAAAGUCCAACGCCUAAUCACCGCAAACAUCCCAAAGCUUGUGGGAAACUUUCCCAUCAAUGUAUCUCUGGUACUGCGCCUGCUCCUUAUGACGUCAAAAGGAGACGAUCCACAAGAUGCGUUAACUAAGGCUCUGACCCUGCUGUCUCACCCUUUCAUCUGCCGAAAACACCCUGAGAUGGAAAGGCAAAUCAAGAAACAUUUCCUGUUCAGUGUUGAACUUCUUACCAGAUUGGGUCUUGUAAAAAAAGAAAACGGAGCUCCACAAGAGAUGGCAGGAUUAGCGACCCAUCUUCACUACCAUGAACCUUCCAACUAUAUUCUGGUCAGUUUUCUACGACGUGGUCUCUUUCACAAGCUUUGUAAGCCUGGGAAAAAUGGUGAAUUUUCUCAAGAAGUCAUGAGGACGAUAGUGCUUGUUAUAAGCCACUUGAUCGGAAGAAAAGUUGUUCACCGCUCUCUGAUGCGAAGAAUUUCAAAGUGCUCUGCUUCAAAAGUAAUAUUGGAGCCUCUUCCGACGGACUUUUCUGAAGCUCUGGGCGACUACAAUCGUCAGGUUACAAAUAUUUUCAGCCAAUACCUCGCCUCAGUUGCUAAGGACCUUGAAAAGGAAUGCGGGGAGGAUAUUAAACUCCCCUUAUCGGGCAUAGAAUUUCCAGCAAAAGCAAGCAUUGCUGAAGACCUUAACAAGUACCAUGCAUUGAAAAGUCUCGCAAACACUUCUAUUCCGUACUCGGCCUGUUCUUCCUUCGCUGCACUGUCAGGAAAUACGGACUUACAGCUACAUUCCAUUAACCCUGCAUCAGCUGAAGCCCGGGAGUCAGAAGACGACGAGGAACAGCAAAUAGAUCUUUUACUCAAGAUUGUUCGUCAAGAUGUCUACACAGACUUGAAUGUCGUGCCUACUCUUUCAGUCAGAGGUUCUCAACACUUAAAUGCGUAUGCAUUGGACUUUUUCAAACAUGGGUCGUCUAAAGUUGUUGAGCGGGAAAAUGGUAUCAAAUCUGGCGAAGUUUUCACUACUCUGAAGGAUUUUUAUCUGACCAUUAAAUCAAUCAGCACUUCAUUGGAAGAGAUGGGUCCUGAAAACGACAAUGUAGUACGGGCGUUUAAACAACUGGCCCGAGAGUACGGAGAAAAAUUCAAUAAACGGUUCAAGUCGGACGUAUGACACAGUAAACAUCUUGGAAUCGUUUUUCUUGAGGGAGUUUGGAAGAGGUUCACUUGACCUUUGUUAUGCUCUUUUUUACCAUAGUUUGGAAGGAAGAUCUGGGUAGUCUACUGGUUUCUGCACUUAAUUCAUGUUUCAGAGGCCUCGGCCUAUACCGACGAACUGUGUCAUGCUGAACGAACGUAGACAGUCUCUAAAUUUGACUCUUAAAGUGAUAUGCAUUAAAUUUCCCCCUAUAGAAUCUUCCCUGAAUUAAACAUCAAGGUCAUGUGGAUAAAAGAAACUACAGUGAACUCACGAUACUCACGACUGUUCCACAAAUCCUCUUUAGGAGAUGUAUAGAGUAUCGCAUGGAGAGCUUGCAUACUAAAAACCAACAUUCCAAAUUCCAAUUCGAUCUGGAACAGUGGACAAGAAUAGCCACCCAGUGAAUGUCCAUUGUUAAAUCAUUUAUUUAUUCAUUUAUUUAUUUAUUUACUAAUGUUAGGGUGUUAAUGCAUAAUAAGAUGGCUUUUCAAGUUGUUAGUAACACAUUUUCCACAGGAUGCAGAAGCAGUAUAAAUUAUUUAAAUAAGGUGUCGAUUAAUUCGAAACCUCAACAUCCCCCCCCCCCCGUGCAUUUGAACUUUUAGAAUGUUGGGUAGUUCACAUCUCCCUCCCCCUCCCUCCCCCCUCAGCCAAAAUUGCGUUCAAAUGCCCCACUUAACGAUUCUUAGCAUAAUCAACGAAUGUUGUAGAAUUUAGCAAAGUCACGUAUUAGUUCUUGGUGCUGUUGGGUUUUUUGCUGAUAAGAAUCAUUGCACGAUGUGAAAAUUUUCUUUCUGCCCAUGAAGCGGACCCUUUACCUUAAAACUCCUCCAUAUAAACACGAGUAUGGCGCUGGAAAGACUUGACACUUCUGGUUCAAAUUCCCCACCUUACUCAGGCAAGGCUCAAAUUUCCCGUCCCAGUCCCAGUCCGGGCACGGACGACAGUCCGGGUAGCUCGUAGGGGGAAAGGAAUGUUGAAGGUUCGAAUUCAUCGGCGGAUAAAUUUGGCGAGAAACCUUGGCCCACUAUUUAAAAGUAAUGAAAUAACAGGAUAACGUAUCGCUUGGCUGUUUGUUUGCUGUAUUUAACAAAUUUUGACGACAAUUUUCAACAAUGUUCAAAACUAAUGGAUGGCAAUAAACUCUGUUACCUUGAA